AUAUUUGCUCUAUACAUACAUACAUACAUAAAGCUAUGUCGUUCAUUCAAAGACAUGUAUCCAACGAUUUAAGCAUUUGUUUUCUUGUACGUCGUUAUUAUAAAAAAGAAAUUAUUAUAAGUUGGUUAUCUGGGAUCCAUCGAAUUGGACAGAGUGAACCACCCACCCCACCCCGCGCCAACCAAAGUUCUUCUUCUUCUUCUUCUUCUUUAUAAACCGUUUUUUUGGAUUAUAUUUCAAAAUAUUCAAUAUCUAUAUUUUUCUUUGAAAAUAAUUAAUUAUCUCAUUCUAGAAGAGUUGUAGUAGUUUGGAGUCUUUUCAAAAGGUAACAGAACAACCAAUAAUUUCUCCAUUCAUUUGUUUACAUUUUCUCUUCCCUUUCCUGUUCGGGAUAAAAUAUCUCUAUCUCUCACUCACUAUUGGCUUAAAUUCAUUCACAUUCGCUUUAUUUUCUAUGCAUAAAUAAAUAUUAACCAGAUUUUGGUGACUUCGCUCGUUAUUUCUCUUCGUAAUUCAUUCACAUGGCGUUACAGAAUUUGUUGUCUUUUCCUAAAUUUUGGUCACUCUUUCAGGGAGGGAGACAGAUUGACCCGACUGCGCAUACAAUAAAGUCUCAUGGAGCAACACUUGCUAGAAAUCACAUUCAUGAUUGGCUUAUGUUGGUGCUUCUCAUACUAAUUGAAGUUAUUCUCAAUGUAAUUCAUCCAUUUCGCCGCUUUGUUGGAAGGGACAUGAUGGAAGACCUUAGAUAUCCAAUGAAACAAAACACUGUCCCUGUAUGGGCUGUUCCUCUUUAUGCAGUUCUGUUGCCAAUUUUUGUGUUCCUCUUCUUCUAUAUGCGUAGGAGAGAUGUUUAUGAUUUGCACCACAGUGUUCUAGGCCUUCUGUUUGCUGUUCUGAUAACUGGUGUGUUGACUGAUUCAAUUAAAGAUGCUGUUGGCCGGCCACGGCCAGACUUCUUUUGGCGUUGCUUUCCUGAUGGAGUAGAGGUCUAUGAUAAAUUAGGAGGUGUGGUUUGCCAUGGCAAGGCUAGUGAUAUAAAAGAAGGGCAUAAGAGUUUCCCCAGCGGUCAUACAUCAUGGUCCUUUGCAGGUCUUGGUUUUCUCUCCUUGUAUCUAUGCGGGAAGAUUAAAGUUUUUGAUCGCCAAGGACACAUAGCGAAAUUAUGCAUUCUGUUUUUACCUCUCCUUGCUGCAUGUCUGGUUGGAAUCUCUCGAGUGGACGACUAUUGGCACCAUUGGCAAGAUGUGUUUGCUGGAGGCCUUCUAGGGCUUUUUGUUGCAACCUUUUGCUAUUCACAGUUCUUCCCUCCUCCCUAUAAUGAUGAUGGAUGGGGUCCAUAUGCAUAUUUCGUGGCUAUGGAGGAAGCAAGAGGCAAUGCAAGUUUGAAUCGGGAGUCACCCGUUGUAGAAGCCAUGGUUGACAAUAGGUAUGCGAAUCAAGUGCCAAGGAGAAAUAUUGAUUCAUUCAACCGAAGCCCAACAUUGGAAGCCAUGGAGUUGGGACACAAGUGAAGUUUGAUUAUGAAUGAUCUUAUAACUCUUUUUAGUUUUUACACAAUCCCUUUCCCUAGCUAGCUAAUUCUUUAUACACAAAACAUUUUGUUUUUGUUGACCAAGCCUUAUUUUAGUUUGCAUGAUAAUGAACUGUAUAGAAAUUUAUGCUUCUAUAUUUAAAUAGCGAUCAUAUAUAUUAAAAAACAUAAAUAGUGAUCAUGAUGAUAUUCGACAUUGA